GGGGAGGGCGGGUUUGCGCCUGCGCCGGGGACCUUCCGAACGUCGCCGCCACCUGGGGCUGAGGGGACGUCGGGGAUAAUCAAGCAAAAGGAAAAAUGAACACCAUCUGUGGCCUACAGUCUUCUAGUAGAAACUGUCUUUUCUUUCGGUUAGCUUUGCUGACUAACUGGAGAAACUCUCCUAGGGCAUGUUGGUGUCCGACUUCAAAGCGUGCUCAUCAGGUGCUAGUGAACCACAUGGCGGACACGUGCCAGGGACACAGCCUGAGGAGGAGCCCUGGGCUCACUUGUCUGCCGAGGGGAAGUCCUCCCUUCUCUAGGACCUGUCAGAACAGCCAGGGAUGGCUUUUAAGGGCCCAAAGCAGAGAAACCUGGAAGAGGAUGAGCAGCUGGCCUGGGCGCCAGGGAUCGAUGGAGGGAAGUGCCGUCCUCGCGCUCUCACGGUUCAUUCCUGGGAAGGGGAGGAGAGAUGGCAGCAGCUUCCACACGUCAUCGAGGCUUUGGGCUGUGCCUGCUCCUCUUCUCUGGCUCAUUCUGAAGCCAGCACAGAAACUUCUUGCCAUCAUUGUUGGCAGGGGCAUAAGAAAAUGGUGGCAGACCCUUCCUCCCAACAAGAAAGAGCUAUUUAAAGAAAGUGUAAAGAAGAAUAAAUGGAAGUUAUUCCUGGGCUUGAGUAGUUUGGGAGUUUUAUUUGUUGUUUUUUAUUUUACUCACCUGGAGGAGAGUCCAGUCACAGGACGGAAGAAGUUACUAGUGUUGGGGAAGGACCAAUUCAUGAUGUUAUCACAAAUGGAAUAUGAAGCAGUACAUGUUACCGCUACCAUGUUAGAAGAUCAAACAAGCCCAGAAAACAUUUUAGUCAGCAGACAUUUCAUUUAUGUGCAAAGCUGGGAAAGAUGGAGGCCAAAGUGGAUGGAAGAAUUUAAAAAUGACCUGCUGACUGAGAAAGAUCCCAGGUACCUGGCCGUGAAAGAAGUUUUGCAGCGUCUGGUAGAAAGCAACAAAGACAUCCCAGGAAUCUCUGACUUCAGGUGGAUUAUUCACUUGGUGGAUAGGCCCAGCAUAAAUGCCUUCGUGCUGCCCAAAGGGCAGGUGUUUGUUUUCACGGGGCUCCUUGAGGCGGUCACUGACGUUCACCAGUUGGCUUUCCUUUUGGGCCACGAGAUCGCUCAUGCAGUGCUCGGACAUGCUGCAGAGAAAGCCAGUCUGGUUCAUUUGUGGGAUUUUCUAGGUCUGAUUUUCCUCGUGAUGAUUUGGGCCGUCUGUCCUCGAGAUAGUUUGGCAGUUUUGGGACAGUGGAUCCAGUCUAAAUUGAAAGAGUAUGUGUUUGAUAGACCCUUCAGCCGCACCCUGGAGGUGGAAGCUGACAAGGUCGGAUUGCAGUUUGCCGCGAAGGCUUGUGUGGAUGUCAGAGCGAGUUCAGUGUUUUGGCAACAGCUGGAAUUUGCAGAUAGGAUUCUGGGUGAGCCUAAGUUACCAGAAUGGCUAUCAACGCAUCCCUCCCAUGAGAACCGAGCUGAGCACUUGGAACGGCUUAUACCUCAGGCCAUUAAAAUUAGAGAGAGCUGUAAGUGCCCUCCACUCUCUGGACCGGAUCCUCGGCUGCUUUUCAGGCUCAGGGUGAAGCAUAUUCUGGAAGGGCCAGAGGAAGAAGACCGAAAUACGACUGGAGCAUUAGUUCAAAAACAUAAACUGGACUCUCCUCCAAUUCAGAAAAAAGAGACAAUUCCAUUGACGUUUGUGGCUGACAAAAGAGCUGGAAGUUGAUGUAAAUUUUACAUGAGAGCCUAGAUGAAGAAUAUAGCAAUAUUUAUUAUUUUCACAUAUCACUAUUUUAAAAAAGAUCAGUAUAAAGUGAAAAAAAAGAGACUAUACUAGUUUGAAUCAUGUGGACUCCUGGUGCCAUUAAAAAUCCUUUAAUAGA